GAGGAUACAGACUCAGCUAUCUUAUAUGGAACUUUGCGAGGAAGUGUUGUUGGAUUACGAUACUACACAGGGAUUGUUAAUAACAAUGAAAUGGUUGCACUUCAGAGGGAACCCAAUAAUCCUUAUGAUAAAAAUGCAGUGAAAGUAAAUAAUGUGAAUGGAGACCAGGUAGGCCAUAUAAAAAAAGAACUAGCAGCAGCAUUGGCAGGCAUUAUGGACAACAAACUAGCAUUAAUUGAAGGGGUUGUCCCUUAUGGAGCAAAAAAUGCCUUUACCAUGCCUGUGCAAAUGAGCUUUUGGGGAAGAGAAGAAAACAAGGAAGCAGUGCUAGAUCAGCUGAAAAGGCAUGGAUUUAAAUUGGCUCCUCCUCUCAAAGAAUGUGGUUUUGGAUCAAAGUGGAUUUCUGGGAGAGCUGGUCCAAGUUACAGCGCUCCAGUUCAUGCUGCUGUGCAGUUGACAACUGAACAGCUUAAAAGUGAAUUUGACAAAUUGUUUGAGGAUCUGAAGGAAGAUGAUAAAACUUGUGAAAUGGAAGGAGCAGAGGCUGUUGGUACACUCUUGCUUCCCCAUCAAAAGCAGGCUUUAGCUUGGAUGGUUUCACAUGAGAACAGUAAUGAUUUGCCACCAUUUUGGGAAGAGAGAAGUAACGUCUAUUACAAUACACUUACAAAUUUCGCAGAAAAGAAGCGACCUGAAAAUGUUCUUGGAGGAAUACUGGCUGAUGAUAUGGGACUGGGUAAAACGCUUACUACUAUUGCAUUGAUUCUCACAAAUUUUCAAGAUGGCAAGCCUCUUCCUGUUGAAAAGAUCACAAGUGAUAAGUUUUAUGAGGAAUCUGGUACUAACAGCAUGAACAACGUUGGACGCAGACUAUGUAAAGGUGACAGCAAAUAUCAAAAGUCCAGUAAUGUUUGCAUGACAAGUGCCGCUAGCAUUCAGUCAGUUGAGAAGAAAUAUUCCGAUGAUGGCCCCAGAGCAACACUGAUUGUAUGUCCACUGUCUGUCCUAAGCAACUGGAUUGACCAGUUUGAACAACAUAUCCACCAAGAUUUUCAUGUAAAUAUUUAUGUUUAUUAUGGUUCUGACCGUAGCAAAGACCCAUCAGUUCUUUCAGAACAAGACAUUGUACUGACAACAUACAACAUCUUAGCUACUGAUUACGGAAUCGGAGGUGACAGCCCUUUACACAAAGUCAAGUGGCUGAGAAUUGUGUUGGAUGAGGGGCACACUAUACGAAAUCCAAAUGCUCAGCAAACUAAAGCUGCCUUAAAUCUGGAGGGACACAGAAGAUGGGUACUUACAGGCACUCCUAUUCAGAAUUCUGUAAAGGAUUUGUGGUCUCUUAUUUCCUUCUUAAAACUGAAACCUUUUACUGAUCGAGAGUGGUGGCACAGAACAAUUCAACGACCGGUCACAACUGGAGCUCCAGGAGGACUUGGGCGUUUACAGUCUCUGAUUAGGAGUAUUACCCUUAGAAGAACUAAAACAAGUAAAGUUAAAGGAAAACCCAUUUUGGAGUUACCAGAACGAAAAGUACUUAUUCAGCAUGUUACGCUUACAGAGGAAGAGAGACAAAUCUAUCAGUCUGUGAAGAAGGAGGGCAAAGCUGCUAUUAGCAGGUUUUUCAGUGAAGGGACUGUACUAGCUCACUAUGCUGACAUCCUUGGUGUCCUGCUCAGAUUGAGGCAGCUUUGUUGUCAUCCUCAUCUUUGUAUAAAUACAUCUUCUAGUUUUUCAGCUGAUAACAGAACUCCUGAAGAACUGUAUGAGACAUUAGUGAGUAAAAUGAAGUUGGUUCUGAGCUCUGGUUCAGACGAAGAAUGUGCAGUUUGCUUGGAAUCACUCACUCAUCCCGUGAUAACACGCUGUGCGCAUGUGUUUUGUAAGCCAUGUAUCUUUGAAGUCAUCAGAAGUGAACAGACAAAUGCCAAAUGCCCUCUCUGUAGGAGUGAGCUUCGAGUAGAGCACUUGGUGGAAUGUCCCCUAGAAGAAGAGGAAAUAGACUCCAGUAAUGGAAAGAAGUCUCAUCAGGAGUGGAUAUCCAGUUCAAAGAUAAAUGCUCUCAUGCAUGCUUUGAUAGAACUACGGAGGGAUGAUCCAACUGCUAAAUGUCUCGUCGUUUCUCAGUUCACAAGUUUCCUGUCACUGAUAGAAAAUCCCUUGAAAGAAUCGGGGUUUGCCUUUACUCGUUUGGAUGGGUCAAUGGCACAGAAGAAAAGAGUGGAAGCAAUUCAGUGUUUCCAAAGCAGCCAAGCAGGAUCCCCAACUGUAAUGCUUUUGUCUCUGAAAGCAGGUGGAGUUGGAUUAAAUCUGACAGCAGCUUCCCGAGUGUUUUUAAUGGAUCCUGCUUGGAAUCCGGCUGCAGAAGACCAAUGUUUUGACAGGUGUCACAGGCUGGGUCAGAAGCAUAACGUUGUUAUUACUAAGUUCAUUGUGAAGGAUUCAGUGGAAGAAAAUAUGCUGAAAAUUCAGAACAAGAAGAGGGAACUUGCAGCAGGAGCUUUCGCUACCAAAAAGCCUUCAGCAAGUGAAGUAAAACAAACCAAAAUUAAUGAAAUUAAGGCUCUAAUUGAUCUAUAG